GGCUGCCAAAGAACCUGUGACUCUCACGUGGCCGGAAGCCGGUAUUUUCUCUCUCUUUGUUGUGAGUGAUGUCAUUCGUGCUAUAUAAGUAGUUAGAGUAUCACUAAUAUUCAGUAGAACGAACGGGAAGUGAGAAGAGUAUUCGAUCUCUUUGUGUGCUGCACGUUUGAUAUUUUCUACCUUUCGUAUAUUGAUCGUACAAUGUCUUCACAGGCGAUGUGGGCUGUAGUUGCAGUAAUUUGCUGCAGUUUUCUAGUGGUUAAAACUUAUGGAAUGGAUGAAGAAAUGUUUAUAAAUAAGCAAAAAGGAGACAAUACUUUACCGACUGCCUUAAAGAGAAGUGCAACGGAAAUCACUGAAGGUAAUCCAGAACGAGAUUGCUAUCUUUGCCUGGGUUGUAUGGUUCGAGUAGCUGAUUGGAGGUUAGAUUUACAGAGAUGUCUUCAGCGUGCGUGUAACUACAAAAGAUGCCCACUUUUUAUGUUCGAUACCUUUAACGAUUUUGCGAGCCAAGCAGCUGAAUGGUACGCAGAGAGUCACGAUACUGGAGUUGCUGGCGUACAAAUGGCAAAGAUAUUUGCGAUGAGCCAGUAUGAAAUGUUUGUUGGAAACCCAUAUGAAACGGCGAAUCUGUAUAGUGAAUUGGAAUCGCUGUCGAGUUAGGCAUUAUUUUGAAUAUUUAUUGCGUUAGGCAGGCUCUUGAAUAUAUCGGUAGAGUUAGACAGGUUCUUGGUAUCUACCGAUCUGAGAAGCUUUGUUGAAUAAACCGUCGGGUUAGACAGUCUUCUCUCUAAACAGUCAAUUCGGGUAACGAAUAUUUCGUUGACAAAAAACUAUUUAUGCUUUAAUCAUUCAGGUUUCGUUUUUAUAUUUAUUUAUUUAUUUAUGUUAAAUACAAUAAUUUAUUUUGUCUUCUUUCUAAAAAAGACGUUGCUACUCCUUUAAGAAUAAAACACGACAAUGCACGAAAUAAAUUAUUUUGAAUACUUAACUAAAUAAUAUACUGAUAUACUAUAUUAUAUAUGUUGCGAUACAGUAUACCGCGUUCGAUUGUUUCGCGGGAAAUUUAAAACGUGCUAUCUUUAAUAAACUGUUGCGUAACAUCUGUUUUUUAUAUAUUGGAUCUUCUGCUUUAUUAAUUAAUGUGACGUGUGUUUGAUAAUUACAAAUGCAAAUAAAUGUUAAUGUAUUGU